GGCUCUAAAGGGAGUGGGAAUCAUAUCUUUGACGUGAUUGUGGUUCUGUUCGUCAUGGAUUUGCAAUCGCCGUCAGUUCUGGCGCAAUUGCCGCGCCCCCUUCAUGCCUCCACGGGCAAAACUCGCAUCGGCGAUGUCUUCAGUCUCGCCGAUGCCAAAAAGCGCAAGCGCUAUGAAGUCGCGGUUGCUGUGGAUGGUGAAGCCGUCAACAUCUACAAUGUGCAAACGCCCAAGCUUGUGACCUCGUACGCCUUCCCGCCGCAGUCUACGUUCUCUUGUCGGCCUUGCUCUGUCCGCCGCAAGCUGCCCAAGAAGUCCUCCGUCAAGCGCCAGACAUAUACCGCGGCGACACGUCCGGAACGCCAGAUCAAGUGCUUUGUCGAAGAGAUUGGCAAUGGCUCCACUGCCCCAGUGAUCUCUUCCUCGGCCGCCACUAUCACCGACUCGAGCAGCCCCACGAACUUUGUCGGCAUUGUUCCUUUCACCGUCGAAGAUGACAGCGAGGCCGAUCCUUUCGAUAUCCUUGCCGUUCACCAGGAUGGCCGAGUGCGCAGGUUGUCGUCCGAUCUGAAAACUCAGCGCUGGAGUAUCCAGCAUAGCGAAAUUUCCAAAAUCUGUUCUUCUACUCAUGCCGUUCACUCAUGCUUCUUGGUCGAUCUUGAGGAUGCGAAGAAGGCUCUGUUCAAGCGGAGACAGGAUUUGGCCGCUCUGGCCCUCGGAGACUCCACAGCCUCCGGAACCGACGAACCGUCCAUUCUGCUCAUCGUGUCCCACCCGAAAGACGCUGAUCAGGUCACUUUGCAAGACGUUAAUGUUCAAUUGUUCUCCGUCCCUGCUAGCGCAAAAUCAGGGGGACGCGAGGAGAGCCAACGACUUCGACACCUUCAGACAAUCCAAGUCCCCGCCACACCCGGGCUCGUCACUGUUAACAGCAAUGGCCUCCAGUGGAGCUUCCACUCAGGCUCCGCAGGGCUUCAGCUGUCGUUCGAGAAGGGAUUUGUAAACAUCGACCUGUCGCAAUACUCGCCCUGUGUAACCUCCCAAUUUGUCCUCGAUGAGCGCUUCUCGUCCGUCAUGCGCAUUUCACCACAGUGCGUCAUCGGGGCAAGUGAUUCGCUGGUGGCUGUAUACGACACUCAAUAUCAAUCUGUUCAACGAAGCAUUGCUGCUGGUGAUGUCUUGUCUGGAGCUGGCAUCAACGCAGAUGCCCCAAUGGUCUUCAUCAGCUACUUUGCAAAGCUUGGAAUUGCAGUCGCAACCAAGGGAAACACCCUUAUCGCUUUCGACUUGACCUCUCUUUAUAGCCACUCUGGGCCUUCUCUGAAGCGAUCGCGUGAUGGCCUUCUCAUUGAUGCCAUUGGCCGCGGUAUCGGCUCGUCUGCUGCGCAAUGGGACAUGGCAUCGAAGAAGCACCGAUCCGAGAACAUGACCUCUCUUCGACUCACCUCGCCCGAUCAGGUGGAAAAAUGGAAUCAAUUGACCAAGGAUGUGGAUGAAGCGGCCAAGAGUCGUAAUGCACCGAAGUUCGACAAGGCGGUUCUGAGCUACUUCUGCUCUUCUGAUGCGCCCACGACGCUUCCUACUCGGGGACAAUAUGUCAAUCCAGAGUCCACCCUUUUCCUGCUCUCCAAGAUGUUUGCGGUUGAGGACUCCAACAUCCAGGAUGGGGUUUCAGCCUCUUCGUCUUCUCAACUACGCGUUGUGCUCUGGCCUUCAAAUACUUGCGAUUGGCUCAUUCGGCUGGGCCAUUUGUCUCCUGAUAAUGUCGAAAUCUCCCUUCGACGGGCUUCUAAGCCACGCAUUCUUCAGCCGUUGGUGACGGGAUCUUUCGUUCAAGCUCUGAUCGAUUCCGACCCCUCGCUGAAGCAGGUCAACCAGGUCAUUGCCGGCCCGUCUCUCAUUUCUUCUGAUGAGUUGGCCUACGCGCUCAAGUACUUCCUGAACCAGGCACGCCUGCACUCAAGUGCUUUGGAGGAGACUGCUCGGGCUAUUACCAGUGGCGAGGUUGCUACUCCCACGCAGGAGCUCUCUCGCCAUCUCGGGGGUGAGACGGUCACUCUGAAGGAUAUCUUCACUGGCCUGAACACUUCUAUUCAAAAGGUCCACUCACAGCCUCAGUCUGCCGUCGUUCAGUCUCUGCGUUCGAACCUGUCGCGGACAGAACUUAUAUCUUUGGUUCAUCAUCUCCGCCUAUCCCUUGCUACUGGUGGCUACACCUCUCGCUCCACCGAAAAUCCCCCUACCCCUAUUACUCUCGACCAAAUCACACCCUCCCUCUCUCUCGACACCAUCAUUGACCUCAUGACUGCCUCAGUGGACGCGGUCGGCCCCUCAGGCUGGAUCUCCGCGCUGCCCGCCGUCGACCUUAACGGUGACUCGGACUCGGCUAUCGCCGCUGCUAGCCGUGAAAUGGAGUUGAUUGCUGACAUGAAGUCGGAGGUCUCUGCCGCGCUCGCCGGUGUGGAAGAGGCCACCUACCUCAAGGGCAUUCUUCGCGAAUACCUCCGAUUUGCUGACCAAGUGGCUACUCCAGCGGCUACCGCUGGAGACGUCGUCGCCAAGAUUGAUGAUGAGACUCCCUCUUCAUCCAAUCUCGUUCGCUAUGAGAAGCUCAAUGGAGCUGACCUUGUCGUCUUUGGUCGCCCUGGUGAAGGAGAAGACGGUUACGAUGCCGAUGCCGGUGGCAAGAUGCUGCCAUUGUCGCUGAAGCCUGCCUCGGCCGAUGUUUCGCGUACGAAGAUCAACAAGUCCACUGGUGAGACCAAGUCUCGUACCAGUCGUGAGAUUGGAUACCUUCGCCGUAAGGCAGUUGGCAAAUAUUCUUUCGAGAGGCUCCUUGUUUAA